UCUUCAAACGUUCGCCAAUAGAACGGUGUUUUCACUUGGCGAAAUUAUGUACCUGCUUCGAAAGGCAAGUGCUUCUUCACAUCUCUUUCCUUAUUUUUUUCGUUACAAACUGCAGUGUAUAAUUGUUGAGUGUGUUCCUAUACAUUUUCUCCACUGAUAAAUUCCAAGACUAUUGAUGUUGAGCAGAAGGAAGAGAGAGCUUUUGUCCCCGCACGCUUGAAAACCUCAUAUUUUGCAAACAAUCCAACCCCGUCUUAAUAUUACCGGUGGUGAUCUACUACCUCAACAAGUUGGUAUAUAAAACUUUGCAAUCUGAAAUGCUGCUGGCAUCUCGUUUUGAGAGCUGGAUAUGAGAAUUAUAUGCUUCGACGCUUUCUAUCUGCUUCAUCCACUGAAAAUACACGAGAUCCGCGCUCCCGAUCUUAGGCUUGCUUGCAAGCUUUGCGGUAGCAUACGAUUGUUCAGUUAGUGCUAUCACGGCACUUCUACCAGCAAAUUCUAUUGUUUUUUAUGCCACCCAUUAUGAUGCCGGUGCAACGUUUGCACCUCCACCUGAGUACAAUUCGGGCGGUGGUCCUCCAUGGCGUGCACCAGUUGGUCCGCCAGGAGCUCCUCCGGGUGGUCCACCCGGUGGAGGGGGGUCAAUUGUUCCCCAAGCUGGUUGUAUCGUACAAGGGAAUGUUUCCCUCUCCGCAAAUUCACAAUACAGUUUCGGAUUGGCCUUGCCUCAUGAUAAACCCGAAGCACUUGAGAAUUGGGGAUAUCGUGAUAUGCAUGAUACCGUCCUGAAAAGGAAAGCUGUCACCCAGGGAUAUUACGGAAGCAACAUCUCCUAUAGCUAUUAUCGAGGAUGUUCUGCUGGUGACAAGCAAGGCCUGAAAGACAUUGGGACUUUUUCAAAUGACUUCGACGGAGUUGUUACAGGCGCUCCAGCGUGGUGGACCGCUCAUUUGCAGCUUUGGGAUACGAUUGUGGGUAUCUGGAACCAGCCGGCAAAAUCUUCUCACUAUAUUUCACCAUCAAUCUCCACUUACCUUGCGGACGAAUUUAUCAGGCAGUGUGACGCUCAAGAUGGUGUUGCUGAUGGAAUUGUGAUGGAUUCUCCGGCAUGCAAGUUCAACGCAACAAAACUUUUGUGCCCUGCCGGUGCUACAGAUACGCCGACCUGUCUUAACGGCGACCAAAUAGCUAUUUUUAAUAAACUUCAUAAUGAUUGGAUCGAAGCCGGUCAGUUCAUAUUCCAUUCCUUCACAUUGGGUAGUGAAUGGGACUGGAAUGGACUCGUUUCUUCCCCCAGUCUCCUAGGCACGACAUAUGUGCAGUACAUGCUUGGCCUGGGACCAGAUUAGACUUUGGAGGAUUGGAAUCCAGCAAUCAUCCUUCUUUCGGACUUGAUAAAUCCUGGUCACGCGACAGCCGAUAAUUUCA